CUGGACCCUGAUAAUCCCAGAGAGUGGACCCUGAUAAACCCAGAGAAUGGACCCUGAUGAACCCAGAGAAUGCCCAGGGCCCUGCUUGUGGUAAGAGGUCUGGCUGAAACACCUGGGUUCAUAAUCAACAGGUGAGCUUGUAUCCAUAUAUUUUUGCCCAUUCCUCUUUGUGACUGUGUCACCUUAAGGAGCGAGGGAUCAGCAGCUGGGGAGGAGUCGUUGAAACUGGCAUAUAGGAUGUCCAUGUGAUCACCUGGACAUUGGUAACAUUAUAAGCUAGCAAAAUGAAUGCAUUUAAACUUGUUUAAGAAGGUCAGAAGUAGACGCCUUGAAGUCCUUCAGAAAGUAUUCAGUGGGAGAGAUCAGAUCUAGCUGCCAGAACAAACACAGGCUGAACCAUCGCCGUCCUUGUCAGGCCAAUGAUUGCCUAAUGAUUGAGCAAUGAUCAUAUUUGCUUUCUGUCUUAAUAAAAGUCCAGUAAGGCUCAAGGGGAACCAGGACUAUGAACUAACGGGUCAGCAUGGACCUGUGCAAAGCAGCUUUCCUCCUAGGAGCCCUGAUCUGCUGUGUGAGUGGAGAUGAGGUGGACGGCUUCACCAGAAACAGAGCAGCAUGGAUCCUCUCAGAGCAGAAGAGGCUCCACAGAGCAGACACUGUAGCUGACUGUGCUGCCAAAUGUAACGCUGAAGAGAGCUUCAGGUGCAGAGCCUUCAUGUUUGAGGAGAUGGAUCACGAGUGCUGGAUAGCAGCCGGACAUACCGCCAAGACUGUCCCUCACAGAGACGGCGUUUCCCUGUACGACAGAGUUGAGGAAUGUUUGGAGUGCACUGGAGAGACCUACAGAGGAAAAGUCUCCACCACAGAGAGCGGACUCACCUGCCAGCGCUGGGACUCUCAGGAACCACACAAGCAUAAGUUCAACACCGGCGUCCGGCUACAGAAUAACCUGGAGGAGAACUACUGUAGAAACCCGGACAAUGAGCCCCGGCCCUGGUGUUACACCACCGACCCCGACAAGCGCUGGGAUUUCUGCCCCAUACCCCGCUGCACCAGGGAACCUCCCGCCAUCGUCCCAGAGUUGACCUGUGCCACAGGAAGUGGUAAAGCUUACAGAGGCACCAUAGACGUGACAGAGUCUGGAAAAACAUGCCAGAGAUGGUCUGACCAGACGCCGCACGAACACAGACGCACAUCUGAGAACUACCCCUGCAAGGGCCUAGAUAAGAACUACUGCCGUAAUCCUGGCAAUGACGAGAGGCCCUGGUGUUACACCACAGACCCUGAGACUCGCUGGGAGUACUGCAGUGUGCCGAGCUGUGGACCUGAACCAGAGGAAUGUUUCGAGUGCACUGGUGAGAGCUACAGAGGGAAACUCUCCACCACAGAGAGCGGACUCAGCUGCCAACGCUGGGACGUCCAGGAGCCACACAACCAUGACUACGACCCCAGCAGUCAUCCAGUGGAGUUUCUGGAGGAGAACUACUGUAGAAACCCCAGCGGUGACCCCCGACCCUGGUGUUACACCACCGACCCGGAGAUGCGAUGGGAAUACUGCACUUUACCCAGCUGCACUACAGAACCUCCUGCCUUCAACAAAGAGUUGACCUGUACCACUGGUGUUGGCGAGGCUUACAGAGGCACGAUGGCUGUGACCGAGUCCGGAAAAACGUGCCAGAGAUGGUCCGAUCAGGCGCCGCACAGACAUGACCGCACUCCUGACAAAUUCCCCUGCAAAGGCCUUGAGCACAACUACUGCCGUAACCCUGACAAAGAGAGGGGACCCUGGUGUUACACCACGGACCCUGAGACUCGCUGGGAGUACUGCAAUGUGCCGAGCUGUGGACCUGACUCAGAGGAAUGCAUGGAGUGUAACGGUGAGAACUACAGAGGAAAAGUCUCCACCACAGAGAGCGGCUACACCUGCCAGAGCUGGGCCUCCCAGGAGCCACACAAGCAUGGUUACAACGCCAGCGGUUGUCUUCAGAGGAUUCUUGAGGCGAACUACUGUAGAAAUCCAAGUGGUGAGUCCCGGCCCUGGUGUUAUACCACCAAUCCCCAGAAAAGAUGGGAGUUCUGCACUAUACCCCGCUGCAAAUCUGAACUUCCUCCUGUGGACACAGAGUUGACCUGUAUAACAGGUACUGGUAAAGCUUACAGAGGCACAGUCGCUGUGACGGCAUCGGGAAAAACGUGCCAGAGAUGGUGGGAUCAGGCGCCGCACAAACAUGACCGCACACCAGAGAACUACCCCUGCACUGGUCUAGGUGAAAACUUCUGUCGUAAUCCUGACAAUGCCAAGAAGCCCUGGUGUUACACCACCGACCCCGGCACUCGCUGGGAGUACUGCAGUGUGCCCACAUGUGAACCUGACCCAGAUGUUGACUUUACAGGCGAUGGAGGAGACUGCUACGAGGGUGACGGGUCCACAUAUCGGGGCAAUAAAUCAGAGACCAUCAGUGGCAGAACCUGUCAGGCCUGGAGCUCCAUGAGUCCUCACAGCCACAAGACCUCCCCAGAGAAAUACCCCAAAGCGGACCUCAGGGAGAAUCUGUGCAGGAACCCUGAUGGUGACGUGGCCCCCUGGUGUUUGACUACAGACCCUGAAGUCUUCUAUGAGUACUGCAAGCUGAAGAAAUGCUCCUUCUUAAAAUAAUGACAAAGAAGACUGAGGAUAGAAGAAGACUGAGUCUGGAAUACGUGUAGUCCAGCUUUCAUCCAGCCCCGGUCUCCUGGGUCUCUCAUGGCCGCGCUCAUUCCCACCUGCUUUAGCUAACCUUUAUGUACAGUGCAUGUCAGUGAUUUGGUUCUUUAAUAAAUGUAGCUAAAUGUAGAUGAAAGAAUAAAGACAGCAACACUGUACGGUGGGUAAGGAGAACUCUGGAAAACUAGCUACUCUUCUUACUUUCUCUCAAAUAAAAGCAUCAAAAAUAAACCAUUCCUGAUUCA